AUGAAGUCCGACAUCUGCUGGGAUGUCUGGUCUGCAUUUGGAGCGUCGCUGCCCGCUCAGGAGUAUCCUCCAACAGUCGAACCCUUGAAAGACCUGUGGCAUGACUUGUGUCAAACCCCAUUUGCUAUGCUGCAGAGGAUGAUUGCAAAAAGCCGGCUUCAUGAAUUUGCCGAGAACCAAUUGAAGGCUGCAGUAGCUCGUGGCAAGAGUGGUCCAGGCAGCAUAGACAGAGAAGAUAGACAGAUUGGGUGGGGCUGUUGGCGCCUGAAAUGUGCGCAGCUUUUGCUUCGUCGAAGCUUCUCGUCGCCGAGCUAG